AUGAUUAUACGAAAAGCAGCGUUCUUCUUAGUUUUAGCCACAAUAGUUUUUGCGUCUGACGAUCCCAAGGAUUCUGAAAAUGCAAAAUCGUCAAUACGGUUCACACCGAAACUCAUCAGCUCAUACCGAGAAAAAGUUCGUCGAAUGUUUUACCAUGCUUAUGAUGGAUACUUGAACCACGCAUUUCCAUUGGACGAGUUGAAACCGAUUACUUGUGUUGGACAAGACACUUGGGGAUCCUUCUCUCUAUCUCUGAUUGAUGCCCUAGACACUCUUUUAGUGAUGGGAAACAACACAGAAUUCCGAAGAGCUGUCACAUUAGUGCUCGAGAAGGUUCGUGAUGAUGCAAACGUCAAUGUAUCAGUGUUUGAAACCAACAUUCGAGUGGUUGGAGGGCUGAUUUCUGCCCAUAUGUUAGCUGGGAGACAUAAAGAUCUGGUCAAAGAGUGGAAAGGCUAUCCAUGUGAUGGACCGCUUCUGAAGCUAGCGGUGAAAAUGGCUGAUCGUUUGAUGCCAGCAUUCAACACAGAUACUGGGAUGCCUUAUGGAACUGUGAAUUUGAAGUAUGGAGUUCACAAAGAUGAAACCCCGAUUACUUGCACUGCUGGAGUUGGAACAUUCAUUAUUGAAUUCGGAACACUUUCCCGAUUAACUGGUGACGAUAAAUACGAGAAGGUUGCCUUGAAAGCUCUGGAUGCUCUAUGGUCCACUAUAUCUCCGAUUGGACUUGUUGGAAAUCAUAUCAAUGUUCAGACAGGACAGUGGACAGCCACAGACUCUGGGAUCGGAGCCGGCGUUGACAGUUACCUCGAGUAUCUGGCAAAAGGAUCUUAUCUGUUCAGAAGACCGAGUCUCAUGAAACAAUUCCACGAACAUGCAACAUCGAUCAACAAGCAUGUCAGAAAGGGUGACUGGUUUAUGUGGGUUUCAAUGGCCAAGGGAGCUGUCUCACUACCCAUCUUUCAAUCUCUCGAGGCCUUCUGGCCUGGAACGUUGACUAUGGUUGGAGACGUUCAAGACGCUUCUCGGAUCAUGCUACAGUACUCGGAAAUUAUUAGAAAGUACGGUUUCCCACCGGAAUUCUACAAUAUACAUAACGAAGAGCCAGUUGACAAAAGAUCAGCAUUCCCAUUAAGACCAGAGAUGGUUGAGUCUUUAAUGUACCUAUAUCGAGCUACAAAAGAUGAAACAUGGCUAGAGUUAGGAGCAGAAAUUGUUGACGCCAUCGAAUCAUCGGCUCGUACAAAAUGUGGUUAUGCAACAAUCAACAAUGUCAAAGAGCACAACAUUGAGGAUAGAAUGGAAUCGUUCUUCCUAGCUGAAACAACUAAAUAUUUGUACUUGUUGUUUGACCCGGAAAACUUUAUUCACUCAAAAGGAGAUCAAGCUCGAAUUUUUAAGAGUUCGAAGAAUCUUACAUGUAUUCUGUAUGGAGGUGGUUACAUUUUUAAUACUGAGGCACAUCCAGUUGAUCCUGGGAUGUUGGACUGUUGUAGCAUUCAAGCGAAGCGGGAGCAAGAGGUUGGAGAGAAAGAGGUCAGCACAGGGGAUCAUCUGGAAAAACGAAACUUGACUGAGAAAGGAGGAGAGAAGUAUUAUGAGAAUCAAUACGGGAAAAAGGAGGAAUUGAUACAAUAUGAAGUGGAUGAAAAGAUGAAAGCAGAGGCAGAGAAAAAGAAGGCAGAAGAGAAAUCACAGCAGGCUAUGGAUAAAGUGCGAACUUUCUUGAUGAGGGCAUAUCUGAAGGAUGAAGCAAAGCAAAGGAACGGAGAAUCUUCGGAUUCGGCAAAACAACUUCUUGAUCAACUUCUAAAAGCGUAUCCGAAUCACACUCAAGAGCUAGAAAAUGUCAACAAGGAGGCUCUUUAUCUGUUUGAAGAACAACAGCAUUUAAAUGAUAUUCGAGAUAUAGUCAAAGAUAUUCCGAUUCCUGACCUCUUCUGCAAUGGAUGUUCCUAUCCUCUUCAUGAAAUUGUCGAUUCUGUGGCACUCCGGGUGAUGAUGGCUGAUAUUUAUGAAUAUCAUAUCUAUCCAAAUAGAAAGGUAAAAUUCCAUCACGGUCCAGUAUGUUGGUUGGAAGAAACCCCUAGAAUAGAGGACGACUACAAAAAUGAGCCACCCAGUGUUCACACCGACAAGUGGAAUAGUGCUCUCUUCGAUAGCGAUAUGGUGGUUUUGAGCAAUUUUCUUGGAGACGAUGACAUUGAAGAAAUUCGAAAGUUCGGCUUCAAAUACUUGCUUGCUCCUGGUUAUAAGAAUAUAGAUAGACGGAUAGGUGGACAGAAUAUAGCUUUAAAACGGAAAAAGGCGUGGUAUUAUGAAGUCUAA